AUGAACGUCAGCUUAAUAUAUGCCAGUUACGCGGAGCUCACACGCAUCGGCUUACAGGAUGAGUCUGCAAAUUUGUUCGUGGCCGAAGCCCUGCGAUAUGUCAUAGAACAGGUUUUGGCGCAGCUAUCGACCACACUUGUCAUGACGAUAUCGUCCCAAGACACCGGUACCGCCUAUUGGUUCGAGUUCGUGAUAGAGCAUCUGAUUAGCUCGUGGAGCGGAAUGGCCGUGCAGCUGCUUUACAUAAAAGCUGAGCGUCCCGUACAUGUGCCAGGAAGAAAAUACUGCAAUUUCCUUCUGGUGGACUCUUUCGAGGGCUUGCGUGCCGCUGAUAUAGCGAAGGACAAUGCUAGCUACGAUGACAGCGAGUACUAUUUCAUCUUUUUGCAGACACGCGAUGCGUUUAUAUCCCAAGAACUGCAACUGAUACUUGACUACUGUUUGCAAAACUAUUGGCUGCACUGUAACGUGAUGAUCCAAACGGCUCAGGUGGAAGUACUGGUCUACACAUAUUAUCCGUAUACGGCGCAGGGCUGUCAGAUGGCGCGGCCACAGCUAAUCAACCGCUUCGAUGGCAAGCGUAUGUUGAACGAGCCCAUGUUUCCGGAUAAGCUGCGGAAUAUGUACGGCUGCGAAGUGGUUGUUUUAACAUGGCACAUGCCGCCAUAUGUGGAGCUCUGGUGGGAUGACAAGAGGGGAAAGCUGCAGGCGCGGGGCUUCGAGAUGGUCCUGGUGCAACAUCUGGCUGACAGUAUGAACUUCAGAGUUCGACUCCUCAACCUGACGCUUAUGCAUGUGAGUUCCUAUCAGCUGAGGAAUGGCUCCCACUUAGGCCCCAUCGAAAUGUUGCGCUCACAAAUGGCAAAUCUGAGCAUUGGAAAUUUCCGGAAGUCGGCUAGACGGAAUGAGAUGCUCACAUCGCCACUGAGCCAUUACUAUUCGCCCCUGGUGGCCACUGUUGAGUACGGCAGCUAUCGCAUCAGCUCCCUGGCCCUGCUCCUUUUCCCCUUCAAGUUGCAUGUGUGGCUAAUUUUGCUGUGCGCUGUCGCUCUCCACCUGAUUAUUUAUAUGGCACGUCGCUACGAUACCUUCACCGGCAUGCAUGUGAUUGAGCUGCUGCUGGGUGCCUCAAUUGUCCGCUUUCCACGUGCCUGGCUUCAACGUGGCAUCUACGCUCACUGGCUGUACGGCAGCCUGCCAUUGCGAGUCGUUUACCAGUCGCUGCUGUUCCAUCUCAUACGCAAACAAAUCUUCGCCAGCGUUCCGGACUCGUUCGAGAAACUGCUGGCCGAAAAUUUCAUAGGCAUAACUACCUCGAACACGCUGCAACUGCUGGAGGAGAUACCGGGUGUUAUGCGGCAAUAUGACAGCUUUGUGGGCAUGGUUACGUCCUGGGAUCAGGAAGUAUUGGAUGCACUGCAUCCGGCGCACAAGGGUGGACGCAAGCUCUUUGCCAUCACCUCGCUGGACGUGACAAAUUCGUAUUUAAGGUCCAAUUACCAUCUUGGCCAGUAUUACAUACUGCCGCAGUACGUCAAUGUCCAGCAGAUUGGCAUCUAUUUGCCAAAGCACUCGUACUUUUAUGACAAAUUCGACCUUGUUAUACGGCAGCUUUAUAACGGGGGCCUAACGUCCACCUGGCGACGCUGGACGUUUGGCGAGCGCGGUCCCCUCAAGAGACAGAUUACAAACACUUCCAUUGGCAUUGGCGACCUCCUUGGCAUCUGCAUGGUAAUGGGGACCAUAUAUACCCUGGCAUUACUGGUCUUUUGCAUAGAACUAUUGGUACAUUAUGCGCCCAUGUUGCGCCGAUGA